AUGUCAGGCUGGCGUUCCGCGUUCUCGCUUUCCAAGGACGAGGUCAAGCAUGCACGACCGCCCGGUACCGUUGUUCUUGUGGAGCACGAGUUGCAGCGGACAAUGACCGGCACUGAGCAUAACGAAGAUCAUAUUCAGCUGAUCCCUCACCCGUCAGCAAGCCCGGCGGAUCCCUUGAACUGGCCCAUGUGGAGAAGACUGCGGUAUUGCUCACCGUGUCAAUCUAUCGCGCCGGCAAUCCCUAUCCUGGCACAUGAGAUGCUUCCGCCUCGAUCACUCGGACAACUUACCCACUUGGUCGCUGUCAACGUGCUGGCAUUGGGCGUAUCGAAUGUCUUCUGGGUACCGCUUGCAAACAUCUUCGGCCGUCGGCCUAUCAUGCUACUGGCCGAGCUGAUCCUCAUCGCCGCCAGUAUAUGGGCGGGCGCCGUGAACUCGUUCAACAGUCUUCUGGCUGCCAGAGUUGUCCAGGGUAUCGGUGGAGGGCCGGGCGACACUAUAUCACCCGAGAUUCUCGGCGAAGUCUUUUUCGUUCAUCAGCGGGGCCGCGCAAUGGCCGUUUAUACCAUUAUCUUAGCAAGUGGCAGUUUUGUUGGUGGAUUGUGCGGUGGUUACAUCGCUGGCAUCAACGGCUACAAGUAUAUCUUCUGGAUUAGCGCUGCCCUUAGCGGCUUCAUCUUUCUCUGCCAGUUUUUCCUGGUACCAGAAACCUUGUUCGACCGCUCCGCCCACCUUUCUCGGCAAGACGCUAUCCGGGAAGUGUUAACAGAGAAAAUUAAUAUCGCUCACGUUGAGAUUCAGUCCAGCCCAGCGCCGAACGACUCCUUCCCAAUCGGUCAGCAACUCAAGGUCGGCAUUUUUCGUGGCAAUGUCAUUCACCAUUGCGUUGCACCGUGGCUACCCCUGGUCUUUCCUGGCAUUUGGGUGGUAAUGCUGCACUACGGAGGACUUCUUGGCGGUGUCGCACCCCAGCUUUUGUCGAUGCCACCAUAUCUGUGGGGUAACAAUGUUGGUUUGAUCAACAUUGCAGGUGUCAUAGGCACAUUUCUCGGAGGGGCAGCGACGUACUUUGUCAUCGAUCGGCAGGUGACUCGCACCGCGAAGCACGAGCGAGAUGGCCUUGCGGAGCCGGAAAGUCGUCUUCCAAUCAUGUUUCCCGCUUUGUUCUUGGCCGUCACCGGAAUGUGGACAUUUGGAUUCUCCGCUCAGUACCCGGGCGCUCAUACAUGGGCGGGCUUAGCUGUCGGCUUUGGCAUGGUAUCGUUCAGCAUCACCCAAAUACCUAGUGUUGGCUUCAACUACCUCAUCGAGUCUUAUGGCUACAUGAGCUCUAACUGCUUCGUCCUGACCACCAUCAUUCGGGCUGUGGUGUCCUUCGCGUGGACAUACUUCGUCGCCGACUGGAUUGAGCAAGCCGGUGCAGCAGAGCCUUUUGGAAUCUUCGGCAUGAUCAUGGCCAUAUUUGCGCUGCUAACCGUCCCGCUCUGGCUCUUCGGCAAGAGGUUUCGGAUCAUGACCGCUAGUGCAUUACAGAAACAAGAGGCCAAUGUGGGGCUCAUCAACUGA